GCCGGCGAUGACACACAAGAUCAUCACCGCCGUUGCCUCCAGGCCUGGCGCAGCUCGAGCCUUGCAGCGGCCCUGGGCGCCGGCUUAGGCCUGGCUGCGGCGAAAGCACUGAAGUUGCGAGCCAAGGUGGCAUACAACACAGCUUUCGUGAGCGGUUCGACAGCAGGUGCAGCCAUCGCAACUGUGCUUUUGCGCUACGGACGCGGCCACGAAGGCCUUGCGCCGAAGGAUGGGUCGCUCUUGGUGGCUGCUGCCUUUGCUGCCGAGACAUUUCAGCAGGUGGUGCACAACAAGUUCUGCAGCCUCCUCUUCCGAUGCAAUUGCACCUGGGAGUGGGCCGGCGGCUGGGACAAUUGCAAUGUUCAUAACGCCACCGGGCCAAGAUGCCCUUGGUGCGUAGCUCGCGCGAACAUCUCCUGGACGACGGACUGCCUGCCGUUGGCCCUGAUGCUCCUGAUCUUCGGCGAGGCCCGCGCCCGGGGUUGCCAUCUUUCCCUUCAGCUCCUGCUGCCGGUACUGAUUUUCUUGGUCGUGG